AUGCCACUGUUUUCCGAACCUUCCCUUCUUUUAUUCGCGUCCGGAAAUGCCGAGCUGUCUUACGUCGAACGAAAGUUCUGCUGGUCGAUAUUUUUUGGUAAAGGCAGCUGGGAAGCAGUAGACCUCAUAAAAGAAGAAGAAAUACUUACACGUUUGCUGUCCUGCUCCUUACAGUGGACAGUGAGGCAGAAUAGCUAUCUGAAGAAGUGCUUCAAUUUCUCUGUGCAUGUGCUGCAGUGGGCAGACAGUUUUAACCAGUUCAAGUGGCAGCGGCUUCAAUACGCUCCUCUGCCAUAUGGCUGGAAGGAUGUUUCACCUGAGGUUGUGAGCACCACCCUGUCCCUGCUCCAGAAUUCUUCUAGCAGUCGUCUGUUUGAACGGAAGUCCCCAGACCAGUGUGUGCGUUGUGCAGUGGUAGGCAAUGGAGGAAUCCUCAACAGUUCAGGACAGGGGAAAGCCACUGACAGUCACGAUUAUGUCUUCAGAGUGAAUGGAGCAAUAACCAAAGGCUUCAAGCAGGAUGUGGGCACUAAAACAUCUUUCUAUGGAUUCACCACAAAUACUCUGAAGAAUUCCCUCAAAGCAUACUGGGCUAGUGAUGGCUUCACUAUGGUGUCACAAGACCCAGGCAUUUGCUAUGUCUUCAUCCCUGCUAACAUCCAGGACUAUGUGAUGCUGGCUGCUGCCAUCCAAGGUGCCGCUGUGCCAUCAGGAUACUAUGAAGGAGACCAACCUUCUAUGUAUUUUGGAAACAAGCAUUCAUUUGAGCACUUCAGAAUGAUUCAUCCAUACUUCACUGAGUAUGUAACAAAGAGGUUUUUGAACUCUCCGUAUUUGAAGAUGAGGUACAGAGAUUUCUACAUGCCCAGUACUGGAGCACUGAUGCUCCUGACUGUCCUGCAUUCCUGUGACCAGUUCAGUUUGUCUGCAUAUGGCUUCAUCACGCAGAAUUAUGAGGGAUUCUCCGACCACUACUACAAUGCAGUUAAGAAGCCACUUCAUUUCUACGCCAACCAUGGCCUGCUCAUGGAGGGAACACUGUGGCAGCUGCUUCACUCCUCCAGAGUCAUGUGGCUGUACCAGAGACAUGGCAAGAAGGGGGGCCUUUCUAGAUGGGCAAAAAUGAAAGGCAGUCCUACAUUUUUUUUUCCUCAGUAGUUUUUUUUUGGUCUUGAUGUUGGCCACAAGAUGGCACCUUCCUAAACUGAUUUAUGUCAAAGUGGUGUGUUUGAAGUUUUCAGUACCAUGUUUCAUGAGUGGCUCUGUUUGUGCUGCUGUGUACAGAUUUGUUCAGAAGUAAAUAAAUUGUUUCAUCCAAGAUAGAAAAGUAACCCAUAGUAAUUCAACCUGUUAUCAUUCUCAUUUUAACCACUCAUUGGGUGAGUAAGCUUUAUUUAUAGUGUUGCUAUUGUUAUUGUUGUUGCUAUAGUCUUACCUUGGUAGCAA